AAGUGCGAUCGCAAACCGGAAGCAGUUGUACCCUCACAAGUAAGAACAGCAUCGCAGUCGCGUUGUGGAUAUUAAAACGCAACAUUCAGGGGCUUAAGCCCUGUUUUAAACCUUCGGCUAAUCUCUGACAGCCUUUGACACCAUGGCCCCCCUCCUGUUAAAGCACCUGGCUGCCUCCCUGACUCGCCAAGUGGUCCAGAUGAGCCGGUUAACUCUGACCUUCUCCUCACCGGCAACUAGUGCUUACAGAUGUCUCUACACCCUCACCACAGCUCCCCGCACACUGCUCCUGUCAUCAGCCAGAGUCAGCCCCAUCCAGCCCCCCCCGUCUGGAUCCUCUGCUCAGUGUGGACCAUCUCUGUUGGGACAGUGUCAGCAUCUUCCCUGCGUCCAGCCCUCUGCAGGGAUGAAAACCAAGUCUGCCCUGAAGAGGCGCUGCAAAGACUGUUUCUUUGUUCGGCGGAGGGGACGUUUGUUUGUGUUCUGCAAGACAAAUCCAAGACACAAGCAGAGGCAGGGCUAAGGUUUUGAAUGACUAAUGAGAAAAUUGAUUUGAGAUAGUGGAUAUUUACAAGACAUUUGCUGCAAUAAUAAAUUGUUUGGCUGAAUAACUUU